GAAUCAGCGCGCUGAGGAUCAGCGGGAAGAGAAAGCCUACGAUGAAUCAUUUAGUGUUACGGACGAUGGUCACCGGCUUCUAGAGGUCGACUGGUAGUACCACGUCGACUCUGCGUGAGCAAACAGUGCGUGUCAGACAGUUGUUUGAGGUUUUAACUGAUCGACCCGUCAAUUCGAUAGAAACGAAGCGGACGACGACAGAUAUGAAAAUCAGGACGAGCCUGAUCAUCGCGAUUGUGCUUUUAUUUAUUUGCGCAGAUACAGAUGGCCGUAAAACAAGUGGAAGAAGAAGAAGCGGUACCUCAACAUAUAGGCGAAGUGGUACUAGAACGACGCAUCGACCUCCACAAACACAGUCAGGUGGUUCAACCCCGAAUAAAAUAGGAUGGAACGUACCACCGAGCGGAAACACGAAGGUAACCGGCACGUCGAACAAUGCCAAACCAUCAGCACCGGUGUCCGAGCAGGCUUCCAAGACCAGCGCGACGAAUGUACAAUCAGGAUAUUCAUCAGCGAAUAGUAAUAAUCCGCCACCGUACAGUCCAUCGGGUGGAUAUUCAGGUGGUGCUCGGCAGCCACCGCCGCCUUACAGCAACACCUACAAUACCAAUCAAGGAUACCCAUCUCCCAAUCCCGCGUAUCCCGGCGGCCAUGCACCCUACGGUCAAGCUUACAGUCCGCAUGGCGCGCCGCCAGCCUACAGUCCUUAUGGAGGGCAAUCUUACGGAGGACAACCGCCAGCCUACAGUCCUUAUGGAGGAAGUCAAUCUUAUCACGGUGGCGGUUUCGGUCAAUCGUCCUACGGUCAACCGUCUUACGGUCAACCGUCCUUCGGUCAACCUGUUCAACCGGCCCUCGCACAGGCACCGGCGCUCACCGUCCUCCAACCGAGCCGACCCGGCAUCGGUCAGUUGGCCAAGGAAGCGCUGGUCUACUCCAGUGUGAGCGCGGGCGUCAGCGCGGCCGUGAACCGGCUGCUGCCAGGAGGUAUCUACGGCAGAAGUCCUGGAAGUGGCGGUGGCGGCGGUGGCAGCCACACCGAAGUCACGUACAACAAUUAUUAUUACAAUCAGUCGGCACCAGCCAACGGGGAAGCACCUGCCAGUAACAACGGUGCGCCUCCUAAUAAUCCACCUGCCUCGGUUGCGGCGCCAGCUCAAGCUGCGCCAACCGCGGAGGUGGAUAAGAAGGCAGCGGAAACCAGCAACGCGCCCAGCAAUGCCGCUCCACCUGAUAACGCCGGUUCCCAGCCGAAUAAUAACCCAGUCCAGCCGAACUAUCCGAUCUCCAACGACGAGGUGAAGAAGCUGACGGAGAAUCUCUUCACGAUGGACAAGAACAACGCGUACCAGUACAUCACCGUGAACCUGCAGGGCGAGACGAAGGAAGAUGGCACCACGGAUGAUGCUUCCUUGCCGCUGCUAGACGUGAAGCCCGAAGCGUACGAAAUUCCGACGAUCAAAAACACACUGGCGUUGCACGAUAAUUACGAGAUGGACGUGAAGACGAAGGAAACCGUCACCCCCGAGGAACGAAAGGAGGAAUCCGAGCUGCUCGACAACUUCCUGGAAACCGAUGUGUUUAAAGCGGCGAUGAAGUUCCUGGUCGAGAAGGAAUUCAUUCCGAACGACGAGUACGAGUUCAAGGACACCCUGAAACGCAUCUGGUUCUCGCAGUUCCAGCGAGUCGAGGGAGAGCCCUCCAGUUCCGGUUUCGAGGCGGUGUUCUUGGCGGAGAAGCUCGACUCCUACAUGAUCGGGCCGCAGAGUUGGAUUUACUUCGCCAAGCAAGAGGCUCAGAAGAAACUCGACUAUCGCGGAUACAUCAAGGAUACGAAACUGGGAGACAAGGGGGAGGCCAUCAAGGUACGCACGGCGUUUAAUAUACCAGACACGAAGCAUUCGGUGACGACUCUUCUCGUGGGUCUCUCGCCCGAGUUGGAGAUGGCUCUUUAUACGGUUUGCUUCUACGUUCGUCCAAACGAUGUUUGCCCGAUCUCGUUAGGUGGAAAGGACGUUAAUUUAGUCUCUACCAGGUUCAAUUACUUCGGAAAAGACAUCUUGAUCGCCGGCUUUAUUGCGGGAUGAAAGUCUCAGAGUUUGGAAGUUGCUAUUUUUUUAGAUAAGUUUGCAUAAGAUUAAAAGUUUAAGUAAGCACGCGGACGAAAUUUGGAUGAUUUUCAUGUCGAAGAGAAGAUUCGGAUGAGUCUCGUAUCGAAACAACUUACAGAUCGAAAUAUUUAUGUCGUAGAUAUGUACUCUGCUUUUAGUUUAAAUUACACACACAUACGUAUAUACUUGUUAUGAUAUUAUAGGAAGCGUAUCAUAUUUUUAUCUAGGUAAUUAUCUAGGUAAUUAUCUAGAUAAUUAAUAAUUAUCUACGAAUUAAACUUAUUAAAAAAAUAUAAUUUCGAAUAACGUAAAUUAACUUAUAUAAGUUUGUCUUUGUAAUAAAGAUUGGAAAAAAGUGCAAUCACAUGAUACGCACCUCAGGUAUCCUGGCGCCUCUUUUUUCCAAUUCUGAGAGUUCCAUCACAGGUAUUAUAGUUGGUCGUCCAUGUGCGCAUCGAUUGGGCAACUUUGUGAAUUUCAACAAUUUUACAAGAGAUGUACACUGCUCCCGAGUUAGUUUAUCACCAAAUUUGAUGGCACCUGAAGAAAUUUCAAAAGGAUAGAAACGGAGUCUGUAUAAAAUUUAUAGGUAAUAAAUAGAUUUUAUAUUAUUUUGAAAUCUAGUAAUAUUGAUAACAGGAAUUAACAAGAAUUUUGCAAAAUUAUUUAUUUGAUGGGUACCGUGACAAGCUUCCGAUGCUAUAGCAUUAUGGAUGGUUACCGGUAAUGUGUUUGCACGAUUUGUAUUAUCCUUUAAUAUGUCAUUUAAUAAAUCGUAAAUCUUCGACAGUA